AUGCUAGCAAACACGUCAGAUGGAAACGCUCGCAAGAUUCGUCGCUCGCCUUCAUCCGAUCGCUUGCUUCGUCUUCAUUCACCUUCCUCUAGGUUGUAUGUCGUUGUUCUUCUUCCUUUGUUCGCAAGGUCCGUGGCCGGCUUCAUCUUCUCUGGGUUACAUGUUGUUCAUCUCCCUCUUAUUCGCGUGUUUCAGCCUUUAAUGACGAGGAACAGUUCGCAGAGGUUAGGGCAGGGACACAAAUCUGCUAUGCACAACGUACCAGCUUAUAAAUUCGUGCAUUGGCCGGAGCCAAAACUCACAGUGAACGCUACUACCCAAGUAAUGGCUUCUCUAUCCCAUCUUCCAUGGAAGGUACGAUUUUCAGUUUUCUUCCUCUCUUUCCUCCUGAACAUCUCUCGCCGCCGCAACGGCAGCGUCAACCGCCGUCUCUUCAACUUCUUCGACCUUAAAGCCGCACCCACUCCCAAACCCCUCGACGGCGUUAAGUCCUCCGACGUUAUCGUCGACAACUCCCGCAACCUCUGGUUCCGUCUUUUCACACCCACCAUCUCCUCCUCAUCCACCUCCCUUCUUCCCGUCGUCAUCUACUUCCACGGUGGCGGCUUUUCGUUCUUGUCCGCAUCGUCGUCUUGGUACGAUGCCGUUUGCCGACGACUCUCCCGUUCGAUUCCGUCCAUCGUCGUCUCCGUAAAUUACCGCCUCUGCCCAGAACACCGUUUUCCGUCACAGUACAACGACGGCUUCGAUGUCCUCAAGUUCCUUGAUUUGAACGGCGACGUUCUGCCUGAGAUAGCUGACAUGUCAAGGUGCUUCUUGGCCGGUGAUAGCGCGGGGGCCAACUUGGCCCAUCAUCUGGCAAUUCGGGUUUGCCAAGAGGAGCUCCGACAGGUGAAGGUUAUCGGGUUGGUUUCCAUACAACCAUUUUUUGGUGGUGUGGAUAGGACCGAAUCCGAGAUCCGACUCGAUGGAGCCCCAAUAACAUCGGUGUUCAAUACUGAUUGGGUGUGGGAAUUUUUCUUGCCGGCCGGGUCAGAUCGGGACCAUGAGGCGGUUAACGUGACGGGGAAAAACGGCUUGGACAUUUCGGGCAUGAAUUUUCCGGAUACAAUUAUAUUUGUGGGCGGGUUAGACCCGUUACUUGACCGGCAGAGGAAGUACCAUGAGUGGCUGAAGAAAUCCGGGAAGAAGGUGGAGCUAAUCGAGUAUCCAAACACGAUUCAUGCGUUUUACUUUUUUCCAGAAUUGCCCCCGUCACCUCAUCAAAUUUCCCGAGUCAAGGAUUUUGUGAACCAGCGAUUCAGCAACAUGAAAUAAUUGGGGUAUUACCUCCAUGAGAUUAAAGCAAAGGCACAGUCUUAACUUGCCCAUAAUAUAAUAUGCAGUACGCGGCGUAUAAUUUCUCGAAGCCUUUAGCGGUUUUUAUUUGAUGAAAAGAGGAGAUGUAAAUUAAUGCAUCAUCGUAUCUUACCUAAUUCUUCUUCUAGUAUGUGUGUGUGAAUAUAAAGAAAAUUAUUUAUAGAGCACACUCUUAUCGAAA